CUUGGAGAAAGAUGUAUUUUAAACAGUUGUUACUGGGAUCUUUGUGCUCUUGAGAAGUUAAGGCAAAGCUUAAUUGUAUGUAACGGGCUUGUCUAUAGUAAAAUAUUUCUACUGGAAUAUCUAAGAAGGGAAACAUGAAAGUAGGUGUCUUGCUGCUGGUUUUUUUAGUGUGGAUUUCUGACAACAUGCCACAAAGUGCCUGCAACUAGGCAGGAUCAUGCUUCUCAGUGUUUGUGGGUUUUUUUACCUGAAGGGCUUCUGCUUGUAUUGCUUGGAUUGAGGAUAUUGAUAGAAAAAAGGUAUGUUUCUUAUGUGUUAAAACCCUGGAAGAACUAUUGUUUUGGAGGUUACAGGGGCAAAUAUUGAUGAUAAAGCAAAUGAGCUGCAGACAAAGUAGUCCAAGCCUCUUUUCUCUGUGCUUGCCGAUAGUAAGGAGCAGGUCCCUGGUGAGGUAUUUAGGUCUUGAAUUAUUUUGUGCAGUUGUUGCAAAAGGAAUUUCUGCAGGCUGUAGCUUGAAAAACUGGUAUAGGGAACAUUUUUCUUCAGCAUUUUAUUUCCUAUAGAGAUAAGUAAACUCAUAGAUAUUAGAUCUAUCCUGCCUCCCUGCUUUAACUCCUGCAGCAGAGGGGAAAGUAAAUCACAGAGAUGGUCAUUUUUCCACCCUUUCCUCUGUUCCUGCUGCUGUUGCAGUAGUUCCCUCUGACUUGCAAGUGAGCGAUGCAGGGAAGACGGAGAGAGGGGGGAGGAGUUCAGACUCGGUGUGCAAAUACGCACUGAACUAUGAAUCUAAAUUGGCACCUCUUAGGAAAAAAUCACUGAUGAAGCAAGCUGCUAACAAUGGCUUACUCAGAGGCUCGCUUAGUGCUGGAAAACUUUAUAGCCGGCGAAUUUGUUCCUUGUUCCUCCUACAUAGACUCCUAUAACCCAUCCACAGGAGAUGUCUAUUGCAGGGUGCCAGACAGUGGCAAAGAAGAGGUGGAAGCUGCAGUCAGAGCUGCCAAAGAUGCCUUCCCAAUUUGGUCCUCAAAAAGCCCACUGGAAAGAUCUCAGAUCUUGAACAAAUUGGCAGACCUGAUUGAAUAUGACCUGGAAGCAUUUGCCCAAGCAGAGUCAAAGGAUCAGGGAAAAACGAUUACAUUUGCUAGAACAGUGGACAUCCCUCGGGCAGUAUAUAACUUCCGAUUCUUUGCCUCUUCCAUCCUUCAUCACACGACAGAGUGCACCGAGAUGGCAAGCAUUGGCUGUGUGCAUUACACCUCACGGGCGCCUGUGGGAGUUGCUGGUUUAAUCAGUCCUUGGAAUUUGCCACUGUAUUUGCUGACCUGGAAAAUAGCUCCUGCCAUUGCAUGUGGAAAUACCGUGGUUGCCAAGCCGAGUGAGAUGACAUCUGUCACAGCCUGGAUGAUGUGCAAACUCUUGGAGAAAGCAGGGAUGCCCCAUGGGGUGGUGAACGUGGUGUUUGGGACGGGAGCCAAGGCAGGAGAAGCCCUCGUCUGCCAUCCCGAUGUGCCCCUCAUCUCCUUCACGGGAAGCACGCUCACAGCCCAGCGGAUCACAGAGAAGAGCGCUCCGCACUGCAAAAAGCUUUCUCUGGAGCUGGGAGGCAAAAACCCUGCAAUCAUCUUUGACGAUGCUGACUUGAGCCAGUGCAUCCCCACGACCCUGCGGUCCAGCUUUGCCAACCAGGGAGAGAUCUGCCUUUGCACCUCCAGGAUCUUUGUUCAGAGGGGCAUAUACAGUGAAUUUGUGAAGAGAUUUGUAGCAGAGACUAAGAAGUGGAAGGUUGGGAACCCCUCAGAUCCUACUGUCGACGUGGGAGCACUAAUAAGUAAAGAACAUCUAGAAAAGGUGAGGAGCUAUGUGAAGAAAGCUAAGGCUGAAGGAGCCAGAAUCCUCUGUGGAGAGGGAGUGGAUUCCUUGACUCUCCCAGCUGGCAACCAGAAAGGCUAUUUCAUGUUGCCUACCAUUAUUGCCGAAAUCAAAGAUGAGUCCUGUUGCAUGCAAGAAGAGAUUUUUGGUCCUGUGACAUGUGUGGUAGCAUUUGAUACAGAAGAAGAAGUGGUCAAAAGAGCCAAUGGUGUGAAAUAUGGCCUUGCAGCCACUGUGUGGUCCAGCAACGUGGGACGCAUUCACCGAGUGGCACAAAGGCUGCAAUCUGGCUUGGUGUGGACCAACUGCUGGCUUGUUAGAGAUCUGAACCUGCCAUUUGGUGGGAUGAAAGCCUCAGGUGUAGGAAGGGAGGGAGCAAAGGAUUCCUAUGAGUUCUUCACUGAGGUCAAAACCAUCACAAUAAAGCACUGAAAAAAAUAAUGGAAAAAUGUUAGGGUAAAAUAAAUUACUAAUUUGCGUUACCUUAAAUGGCUUUCUGGAAUACUGACUGCUAUUAAGGACAUCUUUUCCUUGGACUUCUGUCAAGAAACAUCAAUGAUGGCUCAAACAGACACUCAAAUGUUAAUGUUGAAUGUAGCCUUUCAUUAGAUGAGAUAAUUGGCGUGAUCUCCACAAUCAACCCAUUCCAAAUCAGAUUGCUCAGUCAUCCUGCCCUUGUGUAUGAUCUUUUUAGAGUAUUGUGAUCUCAGAAAUCUUUCCCUAUAAAGCAGAUUGGAGAAAAAUGAUGUACAACUGUGCCUGUGGCUGGUAAGGGACAAAGAUAAAAGUACAUUGAGAAGUUGAUAUAUUGAGAAUCAGCCCAUUUCCAUUAUAAAUAGCAAGUUCCAUAUACCAAUCCAUUUUAUGCUUCAUCAAUGUCAGGCAAGGACAGGUGCUAUAGCACACUAAAUGCCUGAGGCAGUACCUUUAAUCUCUUAAGUGGUAUUGAAGUAGGGGGUCAUGAGAUUCUCAUGAUAUACAGAGGCAAUAAGCAUUUUAAUUAUAACAUGGUUUACAUUAUGUUGCUGAAACAUCCUGACACUUGUUCUCUAACUGUUCUGAAAUUACAGCCUUUUGUCACUUCUAGGACUCAGUGAUGAUGUUUUUCAUAUCCCUGAUCACUGAUUUGUCCAGAACAGAGCAUUAUUCUUCACUAGGAGAGACUAGAAAUGACUUUUAAGAGAACUAGCUGUUGGAAUGAUAGGCUUA